AUGGUGCUGCUGAGCGCGCCGCGCUGGCUCCGCAACCGCCUCUCCGACCGCUUCUGGAGGGUGCAGGACCUGCUCAAACAUGCGCGGCAUUUUCGGGGAAGGAAGAACCGCUGCUACAAGUUGGCAGUACGGAGUGUUCGGAGAGCUUUUGUGAAGGCUACAAAGGCCAGGAAAGAAAAGAAGAGAUUCCUGAGAGCGCUCUGGAUCACAAGGAUUGAAGCAGCUUCUCUUGAACAUGGUUUGAAAUACCCAGCUUUUAUAAGCAAUCUGCUUAAGUCGCAGGUGGAGCUCAACAGGAAGAUGAUUGCUGAUUUAGCUAUUUAUGAGCCAAAGACAUUCAAGGCCCUAGCUGCUUUAGCCGAGAGGAGGAGGCAAGAAGGCUUCCUUGCUGCCCUUGGAGACGGAAAAGAGCCGGAGGGGAUAUUUUCACGUAUUGUGCACCACUACUGACAGCAAAAUAAUCUCUGGGUGCGCAUUAUGAACAGGAACUGCAGGCACUGCA